UUUUUUGUGCUUUUAUUUUUUGCUUUGGCAAAAUGUCUGCUCCUGUUGUGGAUGUCUCGUCUGAAUAUAUUCAACGAGUCUCUUUAGGUGCUAAUGAAAGAGAAGGUCCUGAAAGUUUGCAAACUUAUUGGGAAACCAACAACAACGAUAGCGCAGACAAACCUUCAUCCAACAACUCCAGUUUGGAAGAGUCAGAAAAGGACCGCAGAGAACUUCAAAAAGCUAUCAGGUUCAAUGCCUUAGGAACUGCUAUGGGCUUCUUUGUGAAUGGUUAUAUGUAUGAUAUUUCAUCCGUAUUGUUGACUAUGUAUACAGAUCUCUAUCCAAGUUUUAAUACAGAUGUAUUCCUACAAACUGCUAUUGGAGUGGCCAUGUUGUAUGGAGUUAUGUUUGGUCUUUUAAUAUUUGGUUUUAUUGCAGACUAUUUUGGAAGAAAGAAAGGUCUCAUCAUGUGCUCCUCAUUGGUUUUAUUAGGAAACAUUAUUGGAGUUGCUUACAAUGGCACAGAUAUCGAUGGUGCAUUAUGGAUGAUGUGUAUUGGUUUGGGAGUGGCAGGCUUAGGUAUGGGUGGAGAAUAUACUUGCAAUGUUCCCAACUCCAUGGAAGAUAGUGAAGAAGUGGAUACUUCCAAGAGAGGAGGACGAGUAACGAGGUUGGUCAUGGCAAUGGAAGUAUUGGGAAACUAUGCUCCUUUUGUUGUUCAACUCAUUAUUAUUGCGGCAGCUUGUCGUAAUGCACAUCUUGGACUUCGUUCUGGAUGCAAGGACCAAGUAGUGACUCGAGUCUCAUUUGCAGUUGCCACCAUUCCUGUGAUUAUUGUUUUAAUAUAUCGUACUCAAAUGAAAGAUUCAAAAAUGUUUACAAGAGAUCAAGCCAAGAGAGGCAGAAAGUAUGAUGGAUUGGACUUGUAUAUUUUCUUUAAACAUUUUUGGGCUCGUUGCAUUGGAACAGUGAUUAUGUGGUUUCUUAUUGAUUGGAUUAACUAUUCCGGUGGAACAUUUGGCAAUUUAGUUUUACAGAAAGUGAUUGGAGCUUCUUUAUUUAAGACAGUAUGGAUUACUUUGGCGGAAGGUGUAGCAUGGGCAGUAUGGAUGCCAUUUUUAGUUUCCUUCAUUGUGGAUCGAUUGGGAAGAAGAAAAACAGAAAUAUUUGGAUGGAUGUGGUUAGCAUCCACUACAUUAAUUACUGCAGGCUUCUUUUGGCAGCUUCGAGCACAACCUGUGGCUUAUAUUAUUUGGAGUACAUUUCAAGGAGGUUUUCAAUAUUUUGUAUUUGUUCCUGUUUAUUUGGUUCCUGCUGAAGCUUAUCCCACCAGAAUUCGUGCAACUAUGUAUGGAGUUUCUUCAUCUCUUGGCAAAAUGGGAGGAAUCGUUGGUACAACUAUAUUUCCUCAGAUAUGGAAGCGUUUUGGAGGUGGUUCUGAAAGUUUAGAUGGUCUUCGAGGAACGAUGUGGUUCAAUGCUGGACUUUCUUAUGUAGGACUGGUGAUUUGCAUCUUCUUUGUUCCAGAAUAUUCUCAACGUUCUUUGGUCGGAGAAGAUGAUAGAUACAAUGAACUUCGUCGUCGUUAUGCUGGGAAAUAUGUACAGCACUUGAAGUUGAAUGAUCAUGAAAUUGAAUCCGAAGAUGCUGAAAGUUGUGGUAUCUUUCGUUUGAUGAAAUAUUAUAUUUUUGGUCCAAAGGAAGUUUAUAUGUCUUAUCAGCGUAAAUAUGCCGCAAUGUUGGCCCAACGUUCAGGUAUUAGUUGCGUAGAAGAAGCUCAAGAGGCUGCUUGUUUGCCUACUUAUUACAAUGAUUUGACCUUUUUCUUGAAAAUAUAUUGGAGAAUCCGUUAUGGUAAGGAAGGUUGUAUUAGCAAUGAAAGAGAAUCAGAAGAUAUGGCGUAUUAUCAAUCCAGGAAACAGAAGGAAGUGGCUACAGGAUCUGCAACCAAGGAUUCUUUACAUCAAGAAGAACAUAUCAGUGCCUCUGCUUUGAUGGAAGAUAAACAUUGAUGUGUUUUAGAUGACUAUUCCAGUUGCUUGAAUAAAAUGAAUUAUGGAUGAUUUGU